AUGGAUAAAGACGAGACAAACUCGGCAUACCGCGCUAACUCCGCUCAGGGCGGAUCAAAAGGACCGGCCUUCACGGCAGACAAGACUAAGAAUAAAAUGGCGGCCAAAAGCAACAAGAAAUGGGUGCGUCUAGCCACUGUUUUGGCUUAUGUACUUGCAGUGUCGUUAGCCGCCAUAGUUUUGGCUACCUACUACAGUCUUAUAUGGGAACCAAAGUUGAAAUUGAAAACUCCUGUCUCUACAACCACGGACGGAACGAGUAAUGUUACAAACAUCAGCUUCAGUUCCACGGCUAGUCCAUAG